AAUAAACGUAUCACUCAAUUGCUCAACAUUCAUUUGAAACAAGGCUAUGGUGACGCAGGGGAGGGGCUGGUUGAGGCAGGGAUUGGGAUGUGGUGAUGGCGGUCGUGGCGGUUGCCUGAGGUUUUGGCCGGAGGUGUUGGUCCGCGAUAAUCAUUAUCAUACCAAAGUAACUCUAAAUGGUCGAACCCGGUAAUAAUAAUUGGUCAAGUUGGAUAACAUAUCAUGUCAAAUUGGGUACGUGUAACUGUUAGAUUGAGUAAUUGUAAUUAACCAGUCGGGUAAUUGUAACUGAUGGAUCGGGUAACCGUAAUUGACCGGUCAGGUAACUAUAACUGGAAGGUCGGAUAACUAUAACUGGCGGGUCAAUUGACCAAUUAGGUAAUUGUAAUUAGUAGUCGGGUGAUUGAAACAGGAGAAUCGGAUAACUGUAACAGCUCGAUUCAAAUAACUAUAAAUAUAUAAUCACUUGAUCACCGUAUGAAUCAGCUGAGCUUUAACAAAGGAAACAAGGUAGAUUUGUUAUGAAGAACAAUUUCAUAGGAUUUGCCAGAAGACUCUUCGUGGCAGUACGCCCUUCCCCUCUGGCGCCAUACCACCAUGGCCUCCGCCUUUACUGCACUCCCGCAGCAACCGCCGCCGCCUCUUCCUCUCCUGCAAACGACAAACUCUUUGUUGCCGGUUUAUCUUGGUCCGUGGACGAGAAGACACUAACAGACGCCUUUUCUGAUUUCGGCCAAGUGACGGAAGUGAGGAUAAUGUAUGAUAAAGAUACUGGCAGAUCAAGAGGUUUUGGGUUUGUGUAUUUCUCUAAAGAAGAGGAGGCCAAAAAUGCUAAAGAUGCCAUGGAUGGGAGGGCUUUUCUUGGUCGUCCAUUGAGGAUUAGCUUUGCGCUUGAAAAGGUUCGCGGUGCUCCUGUUGUUGUCCCUCGGCAUAGAAGCACUGUAAAUGGUGUUCGGAGGGAUCAUUGAGAUUUUAGCACUGGUCUAGUUGUAAAAACGCCUUUGGUUGGAAACUGCUGUGGUAAAAUGACAGGUUUUAACCAGUAAUUUUCCUACAUUCCAAGAAUAGCUUAUAUUCUGUGGCAUUAAAUCAUUCAUGAGCUUACACAUUUUGAUCUCGUUGAGCAUUUUCGAGAAAUGGAAGCAAACAAAAGGAACAUUCAGAAGCACGACCACAAAUCGAUUUCCAGUGGUUCAUUCUUAGAACAUAAAGAAAGCUCUCCAAACUUUGGAGUGACACAAUGGAAAUCUGAAAGGGUUUUGUGCUGUUUGUAACCGUUUUUUCAACGUCAGCUAUUUAACUUCAUCAGUCUAUUUUUACUAUUUCACAAUUUAGCGUGUGAAACCGAAAGAUUAGUAAAAAAGAUGAUUGAUAAGCAAGUAAGCAAAAAAAAAAAAAACAGGUUACCAUGAAGCCCUAGCGCCGCAUUGUCAACACCUUCAACUAUACCUUAGCUGCCACAACCCCUAUAACCCUAGACACUGAUACCACCACCGUGUAACCCUACUUGUCGCCCACUUACUCUGUAACUCUAGCCACCCACCCCACCCUAUAACACUAGCUAUUCACCCCACUCUAUAACCCUAGUCGCUGCUGCACGUGGAAGGCUUAGUCGUCUCAUCGUUACUGACAAAUAGAAGCAUCAAAGUGGAGGGAGUAUGUCGUCAUCAUCAUCUUGUAUGGUUUACAAAGAACUGUUGUCCCCCGCGAUCUAAAUUCUUUGUUGCUAAUGCCUAAUGGAGUAUCCAUUAUGGAGUAUCCAUUAUUGUCGGUUGAGAAGAUGACCACACCAUCCAAGUGUAUCCAUCAAAAAGGGGAGCAAUGUCAAAGUUGAAGCUGUUGUCGAAGUGUUUGCUUUGAAGAAGAGAGUCAUCAUCGUAAUUGCCUGGUCGAUGAAUGAAGCACUGGACGUCCAUUGUUGAUUGGAGAAGAAAGGAGCGUACUAAGGUUGAAACACAGCCAGUGAAGUGUUUUAUUUGAUGCCACUUGUGACAUUUCAAAUAUUUUUAAUAAUUUAUUUAUUUGGAUAGCAGUGCCUUAAUUUUAUGGGAGGUCUAUUUGAACACUAUAAUUAUACUAGUUUUUUCACGCGCGUUGCGCGAUUACAUAAAUGCCCAAUGUGAGAUUUUUAUACAAAUCAUAUGCUUAAAAUAUCAAUAUAUUAUGAAUGAACAAAAUUA